UGAGCGGCCGCGGGGAGGCGGUCCCCGCCCUUCCUCGCGGGCGUGCCUCCUCCUACGGAUUCCUGGCGCUUAGCUGUUCCGUGCGUGGCUCCCCUCGGUUUGGGGUUUUGCAACUGGCAGCUGGCUUUUUUCCCCUCCCCUGUCUCGGUCUCUCCUUCUUUUAGGUUGCUCCACCCCGCCCAAGAGCAGGCGAGGGGGAACCAGCCUGGCUGCUGCUGCCAACUCUCGCCGAGUGUGUCUGCGAACUCCGGGAGAGAAGUCCCGAGUCCUGCCUCCUCCCUGCCGGGCGCGCUCUCCGAGCUUCCCAGCCCCGCGUCCUACACCCCGCAACCCUUCUGCACUUUUCCCCCCUUUAGCAAUCACAUGGCAUUUUAAGAAUGCCGGAAAGAUGGCGGUAGCGGCGGCGGCGGUAGCGGCGGCGGUCGCGCCGGCAGGCGGGGGAGGCGGCCGGGCGCAGCGGAGCGGGCUGCUGGAAGUUUUGGUGCGGGAUCGCUGGCACAAAGUUCUGGUGAACUUGAGCGAGGACGCCCUGGUUCUGAGCUGCGAGGAGGGCGCUGCGGCGUACAACGGCAUCGGGACCGCCACCAAUGGCUCGUUCUGCAGGGGCGCCGGGGCCGGGCACCCGGGCACUGGCAGCGCGCAGCCCUCGGACUCGCCCGCCGGGGUCCGCACCGCCUUCACCGACCUGCCAGAGCAGGUGCCGGAGUCCAUCUCCAACCAGAAGCGCGGCGUGAAGGUGCUGAAGCAGGAGCUGGGAGGGCUGGGUAUCAGCAUCAAAGGUGGCAAGGAGAACAAGAUGCCCAUCCUCAUCAGCAAGAUCUUCAAGGGGCUGGCGGCCGAUCAGACCCAAGCCCUGUACGUGGGCGACGCCAUCCUGUCGGUGAACGGAGCAGACCUGCGGGACGCCACCCACGACGAGGCGGUGCAGGCGCUGAAGCGCGCGGGCAAGGAAGUGCUGCUGGAAGUGAAGUACAUGCGAGAGGCCACACCCUAUGUGAAGAAAGGAUCCCCAGUGUCUGAGAUUGGAUGGGAAACACCUCCACCUGAAUCCCCUCGUUUAGGGGGUGGCUCCUCAGAUCCUCCGUCAUCGCAGUCCUUCUCCUUCCAUAGAGACCGGAAAAGCAUUCCCCUGAAAAUGUGCUACGUCACUCGAAGUAUGGCCUUGGCUGACCCUGAGAACAGGCAGCUUGAAAUCCACUCCCCAGAUGCUAAACACACAGUGAUCCUAAGGAGCAAGGACUCAGCCACUGCCCAGGCCUGGUUCAGUGCCAUCCAUUCCAACAUUAGUGACCUGAUGACCCGAGUGAUUGCCGAGGUCAGAGAACAGCUGGGGAAGACCGGCAUUGCUGGGAGCCGAGAGAUCAGGCAUCUUGGCUGGCUUGCAGAAAAGGUGCCAGGUGAUAGUGAAAAACAAUGGAAGGCAGCCCUGGUUGUAUUGACUGAGAAAGACCUUUUAAUCUAUGACAGCAUGCCACGGAGGAAGGAAGCCUGGUUCAGUCCAGUUCAUACAUAUCCUCUUCUUGCCACCAGGUUGGUCCAUUCAGGUCCAGGGAAGGGAUCGCCUCAGACUGGUGUGGACCUAUCCUUUGCAACACGAACUGGUACCAGGCAAGGGAUUGAAACACAUCUCUUCAGGGCAGAGACCAGCAGGGAUCUCUCUCAUUGGACAAGGAACAUAGUACAGGGUUGCCACAAUUCAGCUGAACUCAUUACUGAAAUCACCACUGCGUGCACCUACAAAAACCAGGAGUGCCGUUUGACCAUACAUUAUGAGAAUGGAUUUUCUAUUACCACUGAAGCACAGGAGGGUGUGUUUCCCAAGACAAUCAUACAGUCCCCUUAUGAAAAGCUCAAAAUGUCUUCAGAUGAUGGAAUCAGGAUGCUGUAUUUAGAUUUUGGAGGCAAAGAUGGAGAGAUUCAACUGGACCUUCAUUCCUGCCCUAAGCCAAUUGUUUUCAUCAUUCAUUCCUUCCUGUCAGCUAAGAUUACAAGACUGGGCUUGGUGGCCUGAACUGAGGGGCAACGUGCCAUUGAGAAAAGGAGGGUUGUGAUGCCACCAGAGAGAGUGACAUCGGACACCAUCUGUAGUGAGCAGGGCACAAUGGUAGCAUGUUGCAGUCAGCUUUAGAUCUCAGGAGUCACAUGUCGCUGUUCUAGACUCCUCUGUCAGUUCAAGCAACUACAAGGAGAAUCCCACGAGGGAUAUCAAAAUAAAACAUUUUAGAACAGUACAAGGUUAAGAGGUGAGGGCACUUAGAAAUACACAAGCAUAGCUUUUUAAGUGACAGCCAAGGACCUGACCAUUAGAACAGCAUGUGCAGAUCUUAAUCAUACCAGUUUCAAGGGAACUGGUUCACCCGAGUAAACAAGGGCUGAAUAGAUGAGAAAGGGACAUUUUCACUACACUCCCCAUCCCCCCACCCCAUAACUCCCCAACCACCAGUAACAGUGAUCCCUGGUUUUAUGGUGAUGUAUUUCCUAAUUGUGGUUGAGUUCACUUUCACUGAUAGUGAAAGAAAAAAUACUUAGAUGGAAAUCUACCUUUUAUUUAAGUAUGAAGCAGCUGUUACUUUUUUAAAUGGAAUUUUCUUUCCAUGGUGUAGAAUGAUUCCGAAGUGUUCUUAUUAGCAUAUGCUGAGCAGAAAUUAAAUAAAGUAUCAGAUACUGAUCUGAGCUGUAAGCUGGCAGAAUCUGAGCCAAAGUAGGCUGCUUAAAUUGCAGAGCUUUGCUGAAGAGUUGUAUUUACAAAAGAUGAUUAAUUCCGGGACUACACUCACACCAAGGUCUGCUCUAAUAGUCAAGACUGAUAGGUUUAUUUAAAGAAAUCAAAUUAUAUCUUUUUCUUUUUUUGGUUUAAGAUUGCCAUCUGAUUUAUAUACAGUGUAUGUAAAACAGCUCAUGUGGUUGGGGUUAACUAAUUCUCCCCAUCUCAUGGUUUUCUGUAGAAGUACUGAGCAAUUUAUUGACCCUUGUUUCUGCCUGUGCUUGUAUGCAUGCAUUUUCAAGCAAGUAAUAGAGCAGCCUCAUUUAAUUCUGGACGAAGCUGGGUUUUACAUAUGGACCCAGUGCUAUAAUCGAAUCUAUUGAUAGCACCUGCAGCUCUUUCAGAAUUCCAGGGAAAUAAUAUAAUGACCAGAUAUUUUUCUAUAAGACUAUUUUCAGACAGUAUAUUGCACAUUAUUGAUUUAAUGCUAUCGCUUUUAUUUUUUAAAACUAGUUCACCAAAAAUAUCCAUUAUUUGAUUUUUGGAGUCACUUUUAUUAAACCUUGAGAAUUAGCUUUAGAAUUUCUAUAAGCACUUCUCACCCUCCUUUGCCCUUUGAUUUAUGUAGACAAAUGUUCUGCUUUAGAUCUGUUUUUUUUAAAAACUCAUAUUUUAGUAAAUACCUAUGCAAGCAGCUUUACAAGGUAAAACUAUUUUAAAGGAAUGUGCUUUUGCUCACCUACACUUAUGUUUGUUGUGUUGCAAAAUUUUAUUUUAAAUUAACGUUUCCCCAAAGUAUAUAUUAUAUAACACUAGUUCCAUGGGACAGUGCUCCAAGUAAUAUUUUUGUUUUAGGGAGGGUAGAGGGGCAGGAAGAGGUUUGGUAAUAAAAACUCUUCUUUGUUAAAUACUGAGCUAAAAAUUGUUAAGCAGAUUUAAUGAUUGUUGGCCUCCUCAAAGCCUUUAAUGUUCAUUGUGAUUCUUCAAAGGGAAGAUCUGGCCUGCCAUUCCUUACACUUACUACAGAACUUGUGAAGCUAGUGGGUUUUUUUGUUUGUUUGUUGUUUUUUAUUUAAUGCUUUAGAAAACACAGCUUUAGGAUACUGACUUUUUGUUUGUUUCCUAUUUUAAAAUGCUAAAGAGUGAAGUCCCAGCUUGAAUACUGUAGGAAAGCUUUGAUGCAUUUGUAAAUUAUAUUGCACUCUUUCGCUAUGUAUUUUCCAAAUCACUGGAAUGUUGUUAUACAAGAGAACUAUACUUGUGUAUUGUAAAUAACAUAUUAAAAUACAUAUAUUAAUGCCAAUAGUUUAAUUCAAAAAUAUGUAAUCUACGGUGCUUGGUACUAUAUGAAGUAUGGAUUAAUUACUCAUAAAUUGCAGAGAUCCUAUUAUAUAUUUAUAGACAAAUUAAAAUGAUCAUAAUUACAAAUAUUUCUUCAUCACAA